CAGAUGCCUGGCUGUGAUCAGGGCCCGGGAUGUCUGGUGCUGUACGCACACCGUGAAACACAGCCCAGCCAGGAUUAGGGCCCCAUGUGUCCAGCGCUAUGUGACACAGCCUGGUUGGUGUCAGUGCCCCACGUGUCUGGCAUUGUACAUACACCAUGACACACAGCCUGGCUGGGAUUGGGGUCCCAUGUGUCUGGUGCUGUACAUACACUGUGAUACACAGCCCAGCUGGGAUUGAGGUCUCAUGUAUCCAGUGCUGUACACACACACUGACACACAACCUGCUGGGAUCGGGGCCCCACAUAUCUGGCACUGUACACACACUGUGAUAUGCAGCCCAGCUAGGAUCAGGCCUCGUGUCUAGUGCUGUACACACACCAUGACACACAGCCUAGCUGGGAUUGGGGCCCCAUGUGUCCAGUGGUGUCUGUACACUCACUGUGACACAGCCCAGCUGGGGUCAGGGCCCCGUGUGUCCAGCGCUGCACACAGUGUGACACACAGCCCAGCUGGGAUUGGUGCCUAAUGUGUCCAGUGCCAUGUAUGCACUAGCAGCCAGGGAAAAGGGAAGGAGGAAGGAGUAGAACAAAUCUCCAGUCACUCGAGCCGCAGCUGGGAAACUUUCACCAGGGGAAGUUUCACCACUUUCCCACCCCUGCAUCUGUGCCCUCCCCAUGCUUCCAGCUACCACCACCCAGGCUGGUUCCUGGCCAGAUACGGGAAAGGAUAGGCCCUGCUCCCCAGCAGCAAGGCAUUCCAGGUUAGGGCCUGCCAUUUUCCGGGAUAAAAGCCCUACUACUGCUGCCCCAGCCCCUGGUGUGAGCCCUUGGGGAUCUGUUGCACGUGGGAGUAAGCGAGAGGUGGCUUUGCACAGGCAUUGUGUGAGAGGGAUGGACUGUGGCUUCUCUCCCAAGGUGUCUCCUGAGUGCAGUGCAUUGUGGGAGAAUCACUAUGGAGUGGGGAUGCACUCCUCCCCCUGCUUUCUUCCAAGGGAUCACUAAGCACCUAAUGCCCCUGGGCCUGUCAUGCCGUGAGCUGUACAGAUUCACCAGGCUGGGAUCAGGGUUGCUGGGCUCUGUACAGACCCCCCUCCCCUGGCCAGGUUUAGCAGGGUACAGACCUCCCAAUGUGGGAUCAGGGGUGCCAGGCACUGUGCAGUCGCCCCAAUUCAGGAUCAGGCCAAGCCAGGCGCUGUACAGACCAAUAGUAAACCAAGCCCCUGUGCCUUAGAACUCACUGGACUUGGUCCUUUCUCCUGCACACAUCCCUCCUUUCUCUCCCACACUCCUCCUUUCCCCACUCAUCCUCUUCCCCACACCCUGUCUUUCACCCAUUCUUUCUUUCACGCUCAUCCCUUCAUUCUCUCCUGCACACUUCCUCUGCCCAGCUCUUCCUGCCUCCCUCUCUUACACUGCUUUUUUUUCUGUCCCAUUCAGCCCUUUUUCUUCCACUCUUUCCUGCUUUCUGUCACGUUUCUCUUCCUUCUUGCUCUUGCUUGUGUUUCUUUCUCCCUUCCCAGGCUCCUCCUUUCUCUCAUCCUGUUUGUUUCACGCUUUCUCCCACACCCCUCCCUUCUUGCUUCCACUCGUUCCCUUUCUCUCCUACAUUCCUCCUUUCUCCCUUUCUUUCACUUACAUUCUGCUUCUUCCUUUCCCACACCCUCUGUUUCCUGCCACACUCCUUCCUUUAUUUCUCUUUCCCCUCCCUUCUUCCCUUCUCUUCCACACUCAUUCAUUCCUUGACACAUUCCUAUUUUUUCCUUUUUCAUUCUUUCCCUCCAUAUUUGUCCCUUUGUCCCCAUACUCCUUUCCUCCCCUCUCUUCCACACUCAUUCAUCCCCUCUUCCUCACUCCUCCCUUCCUCCUUUCACCCUCUUUUCUUCCACACUCUCCCUUUUUCUCUCUUUCCCCUUCCUCCCUUCUCUUCCACUCAUUCAUUCCUUCUACACCACCCCAUCUUUCCUUUUUUCCCCACUCUCCUCCCUUCUUUCUUUCACCUUCUUCCACUCUCCUCUUCUCUUUCUUCCCUCCUACUUACUCUUCCACACUCCUCCCUUUCCUUCUCUCCCCACUCCCCUCCCUUAUUUCAUCCUCUCUUCCACCCUUCUCCUUUUCUCUUUUCCCUCCUCCCCUCUUUCUUUCUUUCCCCUUUCACUCUUCCACACUCCUCUCUUCUUUCUUUCACCCCCUUCCUUUUCACACUCUUCUUCUUUCCCCUCCCUUCUUUCCUCCUCCUCCACACUUUCCUCCCUACUCCUUCUUUCUUUCCUUCUCUCCCCCACUCUCUUCCCUUCUCUCUCACUCUAUCCAUAAUCCUCUUCCACAUGUCUACACUCCUCCCUUUCUCUCCUUACCCUCCUCUUUUGCCCUCUCUUCACCUUCCUCUUCUCUCCUCCCUUACUUUUCCAUCCCCUCCCUUUCUCUCUUCCCUCUUCCUCCCUUCUUUCUUACCCUCUCUAUCCACAUUCCUCCCUUCCACCCGUUCACUCUCUUCCCUUCCACGCUCCUCCCUUUUGCUCUUCCACCCUCCUCCUUUCUUUCCUGCUCUUCCACACUCCUCCCUUUCUCUCACCGGUCUUCCUUCCAGGCUCCUCCCUUUUCUUUCCCCUUCCUCUCUUCUCUCUUCCACUCUCCUUUCUUUCACACUCGUCCCUUUCUCUCCCCAGAUUCCUCCCUUCUUUCUUUUGCCCUUUCUUCUACCUCCCUCCUCCUGUCUCCCCUUUUCCAUCCCCUCCUUUUCUCUUCCCCCUUCCUCCCUUCCUCCUCACCCUCUUUAUCCACACUCCUUCCUUCCACCCUUUCACUCUUUUCCCUUUCUCUCUCUUUUUCCUUCCUCCCUUCUUUCCCCCACCCUGUCUUUCCCUCUCACCCCUUUCACUCCUCCUUCCUUUCUCUCUUCCCCACUCCUCCUUCCUUUCUCUUUCCCCCUCGUUCCUUCCACACUCCUCCCUUUCUCUCUUUCCCCUUCCUCUGCCCCCUCUUUCCUCCCCCUCCUUUCUUUCCUUCCGCGCUCCUUCCAUCCCCCCGGCUCUUCCUGCCCGUGAUGCUCGGAGCCGCCCGCGGAAACCCCGCGGCCGCCCCCGCCGGCUCCGCAGCCCUUAAAGACGCGGCGCCCGAAGUCGCCUCACCCCGCUCGACGCCGCGAUGUCCCCGCAGCACCACAGCCAGCCCGGCCCGGCCCUGGCCCCGGCCCCGGCCCCGGCCCCGGCCCCGGCCGUCCAGAGCCCCCUCCCGGCCGCCGGGCCCGGGCCCUGCCAGGCGCUGCUGCUGGCGGCGCUGGGCGCGCUGGGCGCUGCCUGCUUGGGGCUGGCGCUGUGCUCGGCGCUGCGCGUCUGGCCCCGGCCGCUGCCCCCGCCCGAGCUGCUGGGGGGCCUGCAGCACACGUCUGGUGCCCACCUGCUUAUCCAGAAGGCUAGUUUACAAGACAGCCCAAACAACAUUGAGCUGCAAUAUGAGGAAGGCAUCUAUGGUGUGGUCCAUAGCCCGGACUUCCACUACAACAAGGCCACGCACCAGCUGGAAGUCAAAGUCUCUGGCCUCUACUUACUCUAUGCCCAGCUCGCGGUUACCUGCGUGGUUGCCCGGUCCUGCCUGGAGAACAGCACCGUGGAGCUUCAGGUCCACAUGGAGGGCAUCACCAUGACCCCAGCUGUCACAGUACAGCUGUCCUUGGCACCCCAGGCCGGUAAGGCCCCAUCCCAGCUGUCUCUGGGUAUGCGCUACCUCAAAGCUGGCACCCGCCUGGUUGCCCGCCUAUCCACUGAGCCCCGAGCCCUGGAGACAUGGCAGUUGGAUCAGAGUGCUGGGAGAACCCGCAACUUCUUGGGGCUUCUCCGGCUGCCUGGUGGGGACUUGACAGACAGUGGGGGAUUAUGAGAUUCCCCCUCCAUCCCCACCAGUCACCGUAAGGGUGAAACAGAGACCUGGAGAUUGGUUUCAGCAGUGGGAUCCAUGAACAAUCAGCUGGUCAAGCCUAUGCAGAAGAUGCCAGGACCAAUCGAAGGGAUGUGGGGGGAUAGGCAGGAGGGGUAUCCAGCUAUACCCCUUCCAAUUCUGCAAGCUGGCCCUGAUCCUGCCUGUCCUCCACCCCCCUAGAUCUGGCGGGGCUGGGGAAAUCUUUGACGGACAUUGUUUUUUAUUUAUUAUUGGGGGGGUUGUUUAUAGGGUGGUAACUUAUUGCAACAGUGCUGCUUUCCCUCCUGGCAUGGACAGAGAUUGGAGAGGGGUAAAAAACCCCCAGAAGCUCAGGAUGCCGGUGCCACCUUCCGCUGGUUGGAUUCUUGGUGGCUCCGCUGUGUGUCAUAAGCCCUAUAGGGCACAAAAGAAGGGAGUGUCUCCUCGAGACAACAGUCUGUUUUCAGAGCAAACUGAGGUGAGGGGGAAGAUUUAUUUUUUCCCCCAGUCUCUCCUUUGGACUCUGGUCAUAGCAUUACCUAGAUCAUUGUCGCUUCCUCCAGCCUGGUUUCCCCACCCUGAAGCGACACAGCGGGGGUGGGUAACAGAGAUCAGGGUCUAGGAGAAGGCCAAAUACUGAGUACUUGAACCCAAAACUCUCCCCUGCCCCCACUUCCCCUUCCCCAGACUAUUCUUUCCAGCCCAGGGAAGACCCAGACUGGCCCAGGAAACACCCUAUUUCCCCCCUAACUCCUCAGUUUGAUCUGCUAUGGGGCAACCCUGGUUUUUGUUCAUGGUGGGGGCAGGGGGAGUGGAUGAAAUCUAGAGGACUGUGCUCUCAAAGGCUUCCUGAAAGGGACUUGGAUUUUGCCUGUGGGUGGAAACACAAGUCUCAGCUGACGGGAGCUGCUUGAAACCUCAUGGGGUUUUCCACGCCGAGGCGUUCUUCGCAGCUUCUUGUUCAUCUGAAGCCUAAAUGGUGCUAAAGGAAUCUAUAUAUUUUUCCACCCCCACAGACUGUUAGAUCUCAGGGCGCCUGGUCUCUAGGGGCUGGGGAGGGGUGAAGUGCGUCUUCAGCCCUGCCGUGGGUGCCUAAAUCUCCGUUCCUCUCCACCGUAGGCUCCCAAAUCUCCAUCCUUCCCCGGAAAGACCCCAGGUCCUUCAUUCCCCCCUCUCCUGUCUUCAAGAACACUUCAGACUGGGUUUCUACCCCUUCUCCACAAUGCACUUUACAGGGCUUUAUUUAUUGAUGUUGUCUGGUGAUGGGUGUAGUAGAAAGCUUAUUAAAGUUAUUUAUCUGACUCUUAA